UUGAACUCAUGGAUGCACUAUAUACUACAUCAAGUUGUUCUUUAAAUGAUUGCUGCUUUUGAGACGUGAACUAGAUCAAGUUAGCUGGUUCACUUUAUAUACGUGGCAACUAUGUUUAAAACAUUGACAGCCUACUCCCUAAAUGUUUUAAUAUCCAACAGAAUUGAUAGUUAACAUGGACGUCAAGUCAUUGGCCUCAAUGGAAUACACAUAUACAUCUAUGAUGAAGAGCGCCAUUCUAUUACUUGUUCCGAUGUUCACUAUAGGCAGCAAGGUGAUAAUGGAUGACUACUUGUAUGUGACAUGCAAUGUCUCCGAAUACCUGGACGACUUCUUUCAUGUUAUUUUGGUUGUGUUAGAACGAAAGUCAGACAAGGACAGUACGUUCCAAAUGUUGGCAGUGUACGCCCCUAAAAGCGCGAUAGGCAAAGAAACGAAGUCCUUCAUUCCCAUUGAACGUGACUGGGACAUAUCCUUCAAAGUUUAUAGAGAGUUCAACGGUGAAAGCAGGAUUCUCAUAGUGUUAAGGAUAAACGACCCCAGCUGUGAGGACGCCGGCCUUUAUGUAUGUGGCUAUAGACUAGAGGACGAAGAUGAAAUCACAUACUUGGAGCCUAUAACUAUCGAAACACCAGUCAGUGUCAUCCAGAACGAUAUCGCCAUCAAUUCGCCCUAUUACAGUGAAGACAGUAGUUCUGAAGUAGCAGAAGAUGAAAAUGUCACACUGACCUGCACAUUUAAGGGCAAGCCAGCACUGAGAGGCAACUGGGUAUUGCCAGAUGUGAGUGGUCAACGUAAAAAAAACUUCAAAAUCACGGAGUAUCCAAUUCUCACUGUCCGGGAUGAGUACGGCUGCGUCCUAAGCUACUACAAGACCGUCUUGAGUUUCAGUGUGACCUCUGAGACUGCCGGCUGGACCUACAGGUGUGAUAUUUACAACCUUACAGACCUUCUGAGCACCACUUAUUUCAUUGUGGAGUUAAAAACUGAACAGUACAGGCUGGACGCCUCCUUCAAUUCUGGCCGCGAGGUGCAGGAAAAACGAGCGUCCAUUUGGUGCAGCAUUACUGCCCUGAUCAUCGCCCAGUGCGUCUGAACGUCGUCUGCAUGUAGCUGUCGUCACUGUUGUACCACUUCUCUGGGAGAACGAAGUCAAAGUUCAUUUUUGUUGCGAACGAUGAAAACAUUACAAGAGAAUAAAUACAACUUGACAUCAAAUCG